CGUUCUGAAAUUGUAUUUCAAUAUUUUAAUGAAAAUUGUUGUAAUAUAUUUUAAUUAUUAAAAAAAAUAUGGCGUCAGAUACUCAAUCAGGCAAAGUAGCAGACAACAUUUAUAGCGCUUUUCGGACAAAUGGAGCGCCAACUUUUUACGGCGAAAAUAAAACAGCAUGGCAAGCUGACAUUUUGGAGGUGGGGUUUAUUUUUGCUGGUGCCAUCCUAGCUGCAUCGUUACUUGUCACGUUACCAGGGUUUCCCGGCAAGACGAAAUGGUGUGCAUUUAUUCGGAUAAAUGUUGGGAUCUUCGUCGGAACCGCUUUAUUAAUCUGUCUGUACAGCAGCCACUGGGAGACGGCGGAAACGGAAGUGCGGACCAAGUACAAGGCGGGCACGGGUCGGGAGGUCCAGGUCAAGGUCGGACUCAACAUCGGGCUCAAGGGGGUCAACAUUACACUGAAAGGAGAUCCCGUCCAUCAACUGAAUGAAACGAUCAACUACAACGAGCAUUUCGAUUUCUCUACCAGACAGGGCCUGUUGGGCUUCGGACCCAAUGCGAACGCGCUGAACCAGGAGUACCGGGCAGCUCAGUUCCGGGGACUACCGCUCCCUAUUCUUUGGGUGGCCGAGUAUUUCACGAUCGACGGAGAAGACCUCCGAUGGGGGCGUUUUUUCCGGGAGGCCGGACUCUACUCGUUCAUCACCAUUUGGAUUUCUCUGGUGUUUUGGGUGCUUUCGAAUAUCAUGCAGUUCAUGCUACUUCGCUACUCGGCGUACCUGAGCGUCCUGUCUGGGUUAGCCGCGUGUACCGCCGCCCUCAUUAAGCACACCCUGCGCGCGCCCCUGGACCUCGUGAUCCCAUUCUCCGCGAGCCACGUGCUCCGCCUCCAUUAUGGGACGUCGUUUUGGAUAUGUCUUGGCACGGGCGGUUUCUGUAUCCUCUGGGGGUUGAUUGUUUUCCUGGCGGACCUGUGCUGGCCGCGGGCGGCCGCCGACUUCUUUGAGAUAGAUCUGCUGCAGGAGGAAAAGCUGCUAGUCAAAGACAAUUCAACCCUGUCUGGUACGUCCGUUCGGACGAACGACACUUUCGUGACGUCAUCCACCAAUAAGAUUCAUCCGCUACAGGAAGUAGACCUGACGGAAGUGGUCAUAGACAGGGACGGGACACCCGUUAGGAAAAUCAGCGUACAGCCAGCGAAUGGAGAGACCUCGGGCGCCUCUAAGGAUAAGAGCAGGACGGGAGCCCACAUGAGCGGCCGAGGGCGAAUGGACGAUUGUUGGGAGGCGACCGGGGACGACUGGGAGGACUGUGGCUCCUCGGAGAGCGACCUGCCGCCCACGGACGAGGAUACAGACACGGAGGAGGAGGUCAAGGUCAAAAAGGCUAUAAUUACAAAGAAAAAAGGCGGUUUUAAUCUUAUUGAGCGUUUCCAACGUCCAAGACGUAUCCCCUCCGCAGCUGCCGCCUCAAGAACAGAGCGCAGACGCACCGGAAAAGGCGUCGGUAGCUACCUAGAACAUUACCUUAAAGCAAAAUCACCGCAAUGGAUCACACCACGUUCAUGACGUUGACGGACUUUAAGAUGAGAAUUACCUUUCUCGAUUAUUUUCUUUUAAUGUAACUGGUGUUUAGUGACUAUUAAACACGGCUGGGACACUUGUCAAUGUUAGGCACUGUUGUGUUUUUGAUAAAACAUGAUUUACGAAGAAUUGUGUUAUUCAUGGUAAAGUUUUCAAAUAUUUGAUGAACAUGCGCGGCUUAUUUAUGGUAAAUAGUAUUUUAUCAUCAGACUUUCAAAUGUUACAAGGCUGCAGAAAGGGUGGGGUAAUGUCGACUUGGUACUACCUCCUCUUUCUUAACGAUUUCUUGCAUCAGCUAGGGACAGCAGGUGAUAAGGAACAUGUUGGAAAGAUACGUUAUGGUCACCAGAACCUCGCGGACAAUCUAGCUGGUACUGUUAUGUCCGAUGAAAAGUGCCAUAGUGGAACAGCUAAACAUAACACAUCAGUAUGCAAAUACAUGUGGUUACUGCCCCAACUGCCAAAGCACGUGUACCAUUAUCAUCUCUACCAUGGCGAUCGAGCAUUCGGAACUCCUCGCCCAUUUUUAUCGUUGUUUUCAUGAUGGGUCAUCGAGGAUUCACAAGGUAAUUGUCAAUCGCACGAAAGCAGGAAAGGUUACAUUUUCAACAGGUCUUUAUGACGCCAAGCUAUGACAUGAUGUGGACAUGAAAGCUUUUUUUGAACUCGAAAGAUUAAUUCAAUUCAUGGCACCAAGAAUUCAGCACAUAUAUCUGCUGUCACCAGAACUGAUACGUGCAUGAGUAUGCUUGCCUGGCAUGCAAUGGGAAAUGAAGUUGACAAGAGAAAACUAGUCUAUUUUUUAAAAACUGUGUUCCAUUGAAAAUACUUGUUCAUCAAAAGUAUAUUCAAUCAACGUCUUAAUCCAUUUGUCACCAGUUUUAGUAAUCAAAUGGGUUUCAAAUCCGACAUAGUCAAAUUGUUAUCAAAAUACAAGAUGUUAGAUUACUUAAAAUUGUGUGAUUCGAAGUCAGAGUUACCAAACAAGUCUGUACGGAAACAAAUUGCAGAACGCGGAGUAAAAAUACCAUCCCGAAAUGAUUUUAUUCUUGUACCCAAUUUCAUAUCGAUUUGUAUAAUGAAUCGAAGAUACCACACAAUGUGAAAGAAAUUGUGCAAUAAGCGGAGCAUAAUAUCCCUUUCAUACCUUUCACACAGACAACACCAUAGAGCUGUUUCGUGCUAAACACUAAAUUUUAUAAGGACAUUAUAUAUCUUCUGGGCGAAUGUUCUUCCCUUCAGCACAAACUACUUGCAUAUUAGUUCUGUAGACAUUUCGGAUGCUACUACUAUUUGACCAGAAAAAGAGAUCAUUCAAAACUGAAUACGUAUUAUACACGAACAUAUGCUAUGGUGGCAUAUAACUGCCGUAAGAUAACCUUUUUAACGUUCGCUUGUUUCGCGUUUACCAUAAUAUGCAGAUAUAGGGAUAUUAAUCCCUAUAAACAAGUUUUAAUAGGUAUUAAGUAUACCAAAUGUCUUUCAGUAAUACUACUUUUGUUGUAAACAUUUUUGUGUGACUAGGUUUCGUUUUCGAUUAGGUCCUAGUACAAAUAUCUUAAAGACAAUAUACAGAUAAGAUAAGAUUUGAUGAAAGAAUCCGUAUAUUUUAGAAACUGUGUUUAUUUUGAUAAAAGUUAAACCUGCCACUAUAUUGCUACGUGUAUACAUGUUUUUGUAAAUAUCCGAAAAUUUAUUCAUAUCUUAUACUACGCAUUUGUCAUAUUUUAUGUAUAUAUAAAUUCAUGUUUGUAAUUAUA